ACUGACCUCCACUGGACCUUCCCGUACAUGUCUAGUGAGACUUUAGACGCAGCUUUUAUCGUAAUCAACAUCACUCCUACCUGACCUUGAUCCCUAUGCCUAAGUGGUGUAUAUAAAGCUUUGGGACUCCUGAUACAGAAGAAGAGGAUUUUAUGACAGACAGAAGACAACGCAAUGGCUGGAGGUUCUCACAUCAUCUGGGUUCCACUGCUGCUUUUGUGUCUCUUUCAGGCUUCGGACAAUCAACAUGUGAUAAGCAGUAAAGGAGAUUUAGAUGUGCCCGAUGUGAUCCUUUCAAAGCUCAAAACUCUGUUACCUGACGGUUUCGACCACAUAAAUGCUACGACUUUUGUUUGGAAAACUUGCACAGGCGUUCAGGAUCAGUUGACACUGAUGAAUAAGCAGCUUAACGACGCAAAAACCCAGAAUCGACAACUAGAUCAAGAGGUUUCCGGGUUGAGGAAAAAUGUUAGACUUUGCGAACUGCAGCUUGCUGGAUGCAGUUCGACAUUCACAGUUGUUAGUGGCUGUAACUCUGAGCAGCAAAAUAAGUUGAAACAGCUACUGAACACAUACGACACUGAUACAUUUCUGAUUCUGAAAUAUCUACAACUUAACAGUGAAGUGAGCACAUUGCAGAAUAAGAUUAAACUUGCCACAGUUAAUUCUACUGAAACCUCGGCUGCAAUCAAAUCGCUACAGAAAGAGGUACAAGAGAAGCUGAAGGAACUGAACGCUAAAAGGCAGCUCAUUGAGGGAAGAAACACUAAUUCAGCACUGAUUUUUGAAAUCAUCUUACUGCAAAAUCAGAUCUGGGAUUUAGGAGAGAAAGAGUCAAGAACAGGGGAAAGUAGUGAAAGUACAGAGGAGACAAUUAAAGUGCUACAACAACAACUGAAUAAGAAGAUCAGGGAUCUGCAAAGUCAAGGCGAUGCGACCUCAGACACAUUGGAGCUGAUUUCUGUGCACAGUAAGCUUGAAGUGACAAAUAGGCUCAUCAAUGCUUACAUUCAGAGAUCCAGAACUAAUGUUGCUGAUUAUCAGAAGCAGUUGAAAAAACUGGGUGAGCUCCUUAGACAGAAGAUUUUACAGCUGACAAAAAAUGAGAACGAUCAACAACUUACCCAAGAAAUCCAGGAGAUUCAGAUAAAGAUGGAAGCUUUGACGCGGUCAAUAGCAAUUACCAAAGCGACUACAGAAUCACAGCUUAAAGAGCUUAGAGGUAUUUGGGAAUCUGAGAAAAAAAAGCAGGAGCUCCUAUUGAAAAAAAACGAAGAAUCAGACUAUGCCCAGGCCCAAACCAUUUUUAAAAUUAUUGUCUUGAUGAAAGAGUUGAGAGAUGCACUGAUUGAUGAGACGCCAACAUCUAAUCAAGAAACUUUGCAGAUUCUGGUUCAAAAGUACGCCACCGCUCAGGCUGAAAUAAAGAAACUACAGGAGGAUCUGAAAUCAAAGAAUGAAGAAUUCUCAGUACUUCAGAAAGAAUAUACAGAAGUAAAGACUGAAUUAGAUCUGAAGAUUACAGAACUGAACAGAAGUGGGGACUCCAAAACAGCUCUCAUUCUGACUGUAAUCAACCUGCAAAUUGAGAUUAGCGCUCUGAGGGAUCUGAUUGCAACAGAGGAUUCUGGAAAGACCUCAGAGCUGCAGAAGCAGCUGGAGGAGAAACAAGAACAACUGAGGCUCAAAACUACAGAAAUUGAGAGGCUGAUUGCAAACCCCAGAAUAAUUUUGUCAAUCACUGAGCUGCAGAAUGAAAUACAUGAUGUUCAAAGGUUCCCUGCCAAUGAGACCACGAUUAACCAUCUAAAGGGGUUGCAAACAAGAAUGAAUGGUCUUAUCAGCGAGAUAGAAGAUGGAAAAACCCAACUGCUUUUCAGAAUCCUGACCCUACAGAGUCAGGUGAGGUAUUUGCAAAUCCGGCUGUCAGACCUUGACAAGUUACGCAUCAGUGAGGUUAAUCAGCUCAGAAAUGAUCUCAAAACAAAGACCAAAGAACUAAAGAAAUAUACGGAUGAGCUCAAAGAGACAAACCAGACACGUGCCAACCUGAUUUUGAAAAUCACUGAUCUGCAAAAUCAGCUUAUUGUCCUAAAAGAAAAAAUACGCAAUGAUAACACAGCACACUCAUCAACAGUCCGUCAGCUGCAGGAAGAGCUAAACACACGAAGACUGGAACACGCACGUGACCAGAAUGAGAUCAGUAAACUAAAGACAGAACUGCAAAUACAGUCUGAGAAAUGCUCUGGACUUAUGGAAACAUACACAGAGACAAAGACUAAACUGGAAAAGAUGACCGAAGAACUGAAAAGAAGAGGAGAAUCUAAAGCAUCACUCAUUCUGAACAUGUUUAACCUGCAAGGGGAACUUAUAACUCUGAAAGAUCUGAUUGCCACAACAAAACAAAAAAACCCAGACAGCAUUUCUGGCGAUUCUCUCACAAAACUGCAGAAGCAGCUGGAGGAAAAGCAAGAUGAACUGAACUCCAAGACUGAAGAACUUCAGAGAAUGGUUACCAACCCCAAAAUAUUUUUUGAAAUCAUUCAACUGCAGAAUGUGAUAUGGGACCUGCAAAAAAAGGACACUGAUGGCUCCUCACAAAAAAGAGUGGAAGAUUUGCAAAAUAAAAUAGAUGACCUCAUCAGUGAAAUAGAGAGCAAAGAUGACGAGUACCUAAAACUGGUGCUGCAAAUCAUUUCCCUGAAGAGCCAAGCGAAGCAGCUGCAGGGACUGUUGUUCCACAACAAGGCAUUAACAAAUGCUGAGAUCACUGAGCUCAUGAAUGACCUCAUAACCACAAAGAAACUGCUUCAAAAAUAUACCAAUGAGCUGAAUAAGAGCAAUCAAACAAAUGCCAUCUUAGUUCUGAGAAUCACUGAUCUGACCACCCAUCUCAGAAACCUGGAUGUAGAAGGCCAGGAGAGGGGCAACACGACAUCUGCUAUAAUUAAUGAUCUCAAGGAGCAACUGAGGAUGAAAGAGCGAGAGCACUUUCAAAAUCUUGCUACAAUCAAAGCUCUGUACGAUAAACUGAACCAGACAGACUCACAGUGUAACAGCCUGGAGCAGCAACUUCAAACGCUGCAGGCAGAACUGGAUAACAAAGUCACUAAGCUGUUGUCUCAAUCUAAUAGUGUUACUUCACUGGCUGUGCAGAUUUCUACGUUAAACAUGCAACUAGAGGAAGCAAAGAGACAACUAGAAAACACCGAAUUGCAAAGCAAGAUAAAAGAGCUUCAAAAAAUCAUAGAUGAAAAAACUAAGGAGAUUGCUGAAAAAACAAAGGAGCUAAAAGAAAGAAGCCCUCAAGCACAAAGGUUUCUGCAGAUUUUUACAAUCCAAAAUGUGAUCGAGAAAUAUAUAAAUGUGGCAGGAAAUGAGACGACUUACGAGAAGAUAAAAUCCUUGGAAGACCAAGUGAAUCAUCUAAUUGAGGGCAUUCAGGACGAAAACAAUGAACAUACCAAACUUAUAUUUAAAUUCCUGUCUCAGCAAGAUGAAAUAACUAGGCUGAAGAAGCUGGAAGAAGCUCAGACAAAAGCCUAUGAUAAACUCAUUGAAAGUCUGCAAAAUGAACUGAAAGACAUCAGAAACGAGAUCAGUGAAAAGUCAGAUUUGCUUAAGAAAGGCGACCACAGGAUCUCAGAGCUGUCCGAUCAAAUUAUGGAACUUCACAAAAAAAUCAAACCACUUGAGGAUGAAAUUGCAGACCUCAAAAAAACAAAUGCUGAAUCCCUUAAAGACCUUCAGGAGAGACUAAAUUUGAGAGAGAAGCAGCUGCAAGACAGUGAACUUCAGCUCAGUGACACUAAUGCCAAGAAUUAUGAAUACAUAAAGGAAAUUGGUGAUCUGAGGGUACAACUGAGAAAGGCUCAAAAGUCCAAAGAUAAGGUCAAAGCUCUAGACGAAACUGUUGAAACACAACAAAAGCAGAUUACAAAACUUGAAAACGCAAAUAGAGACCUUAAGAGAGAAAUCAAUGACCUGACUAUUUCCUGCCAGGUUGAUUGUGAAGAAGUAAAAUCACAGCUGCAACAAACCCUCAACGAGGUAACAAGCCUGCGACAGCAGCUGCAAAGUAAGAAUCGGGAGCUCAACCAGCUGCAGGAGAAGUUGGGAGAUGCCACCAGGUUGUCCAAGGCACUGCAAGAGGAAAACAACAACUUAGAGGAGCAGUUUCAGCAGAGUCAAGCACUUAAUGACCACUUACAGAAGCAGCUGUCUGAUAAGGAUACUGUGAUCAACAAGCAGCAGCAGGAGUUAGAUGAAAGGACCACAGAAUAUUACAAACUGCAAGACGAAAACAACAACCUGCAAGCUGAGAACAACAGACUUGAGAAAACAGUAGAAGAGCUUCAGAACAAUCUAUCUGAUAAGGAGGAUAAAACUAUCUAUCCCAGAAAGAUGACUUUUGAUCCAAGCACAGCCCAUCCAAGAAUCAUUCUAUCUGGGGGCAACACUAAGAUGUCCACUGCUGAGGAAUUGCAGAAUGUCCCAGACAACCCAGGUCGCUUUGACAAGGAUCUCGCUGCCCUAGGAUCAACUGGAUAUUCAAGAGGCAGACAGUACUGGGAGGUGUCUGUAGAUGGGAAGAUUUGCUAUCAUAUUGGGAUGGCCAGUAAAUCCGCUCAAAGAAAGGGAAACGUCAACCACAAUCCGACAAAUGGUUACUGGACUAUAGUCUUGAACAAACAAGGCCAACUAAAAGCUUUGGAUAGGAGACAUGUUGUAAUCCCUGUUCAGACACAACCACUUAUACUUGGCAUUCUGCUGGACUACAAAAACGGGCAAAUAUCGUUUUAUGACGCUGGUACCAGAUCUCAUGUGUACUCAUUUGCAGGUCAGACGUUUACAGACGAAAUCUUCCCAUUUGUUAAUUUUUGUGUUGAGGAAGCUGGAAAUCAGACACCAAUAGUUUUACUUACUCCUGGAUCUGUUGACUGGAUAAAAUAGCCAAAAAUUGUUUUGUCAUUCUUCUACAACUUACAACUUUUGGCAAUGCAUCGUUUCCAGUGGUCUGAGGUAAUUAAAACAGGUUUUGUUUUAAUUACAGGUUUUGUUUUAAUGCAGGUUUUAAUUUUUAAAGAUAUGUUUUUGAUUUCAUGGUAAAACGUGUACACUACAUAAUAAACUGUACAUCUAUCAUUACUGCUUUGAAUAUUUUUAAACAAUAAAAACUCAUCAAAUAUA